CAGAGUUCUAACUGUGGUGACAUCAUAGAGAGAUUUCGUCUUGGCAACUGUAAACACAAACUUUGACUUUUUCUGCUGUUGGUGUGAUAUUACUGCAUAGAUCGAACGACUUUUGAGACUUUCUGGCGAAAUUGACGACGAAUAUUGAAUUCAGCUGCAGCAAUUCGGUGCCCACAAUGGUGUUCGGUAAACUGUUUGGGUGUUUUGCUCACUUCUUGCACAGAAGAAAGACACCACCGAGAGAACAGCAGUAUGCAGAGCAAGGAGUUGCGGCUGGACAUAGCAGAGAAGAUGGAGAAAAGAAAAGGAAGAAGAGAGAACGGAAGAUCAAAAGGCCGGAGGUCAAACCUCUGCGUUCACCGAUCACAUCUUCCUUCUUAAAGCCACUAGAGGGAGAACUCCCAAUGCUGCCGAGUGUCUCCGGACACCUCGCGCUACCUCGCUUCAAACCUCUGCCGGCAGUGACUAAACCAUCCGUUUAUCCCGAGAAACCAGUUCCAGCACCUGAGGAUGAGUUAACCCUGCCAUAUUCUCCACUUCCUCCGCAAGUGGAUUCUCCUAAACCAUCGGUGGCUCCUUCAUGUCCAGAUGAGGUUGUUGUCUUCCGACACUCUUCCUCCAAGAUGCAUCCAUUUGCUGUUCCUCCACGUCCCACUCCAGCACCUGAGGAUGAGUUAUCCCUGCCAUUUUCUCCGCUUCCUCUGCAAGGGGAUCUUCCUAAACUGUCUGCGGGUCCUUCAUGUCCAGAUGAGGUUGUUUCCUUACGACUCUCUUCCUCCCAGAUGCAUCCAUUUGCUGUUCCUUCACGCCCCACUCCAGUACCUGAUGCACUGUUCUCCAUCCGACACUCUUCAACCCAAGUGCGUCCUGCAAAACCUCAGAUGGUUCCAUUGGCGGUUCCUCCACGUCCCACUCCAGCACCUGAUGAACUGUUCUCCAUUCGGUGCCCUUCAUCCCAAGUGCGUCCUCCCAAAGGACUUCCUCUGAGCCCCUCUCAUGCACCUGAUGAUGUCGUUGCUCUGAGACGUCCUCCCAGCCGGAAGCCUCCGCUGUUCCCUUCUUCCCCGUUUGAGACACCUCCACAACUGUUUAUUCUGGUUGACAUCGAGGAUGAGGAGAACGUGUACGUGGAGGACACAGGGAAGAGCAUCCUGGCCAGUGACUUACAGUCUGAAUGCUCCCUAACACCAACGGAGGCUGAAAUCAAACCGAGGAAGAUGAUUGCUUGGUUGGAGAAGGACAGUGAGGUGCAGGAGGAAGCGUGGCCGAGUGAAGUGGAGGAGAUCAAGCGAUUUAAGGAAGAGGACCACCACAAUGAAAUGGGAGACUCCAAGGCCAUACAAGGCUAUUCGGAUGAGGCGUCUCGGAUCGAUGAGCACAUGAGGAGGCUCUUCUGUGUAGCCUCUCCUGACGGUCCCAAGAAUGAGACCCAGCACAAGGUGAACGUCCAGAAGUGCAAAAGAAAAGUGCCACUUUUUCUGUUCAACUGGUUAGAGGAGAAGGCCAAGAAACGGGAGGAGAAGGAAAGAAUCAAAGAAGCGAAGCGAAGAGAUUAAGAGUUGCUGCUUGAACGGUCUUCAUCCCUCCUCACCUUUAACCUGUGUAUAUAAACCCGUGUAAAUAAACCUGUGUAAAUAAACAAU